UAGUAUAGCUGGAGCGGCGUCCCUGACGCGCAGUGAUAUCCUACCCCCAAAUACGAUCGCAGGGAAGAAUAAUUGUCAAAUUUCGUUAAUCAGGCGACGAUAAAUUUACUUUAUUCGAGGAAGAAUUUUGUUUUUCCAUCACGAGGCCUAUCCACCAAAUAUGGCUUCAUCCGUGAGCAGAACAGAGGAGGUGCGCGUGUCCUCGUUGACGCCUCUGAAGUUGGUGGGCUUGGUGUGCGUCUUCCUUGCUCUGUGUCUGGAUGUAGGGGCCGUGUUGAGCCCGGCGUGGGUCACGGCGGACGACCAAUAUUACCUCUCUCUGUGGGAAUCAUGCUGGAAGCCAGUCACGUCCGAAACAUGGGAAUGCAACACCACGUUAAGGACAGAUUGGCAGAUUGCCACCCUGGCUCUCUUGCUCGGUGGCGCGGCCCUCAUCUUCCUCUCUUUCCUGGUGGGGUUAGUGUCAGUGUGCCCUGGUGCCAGGAGACGCUGUUAUACACCUGUAGCAGUGAUGCUGUUUGCUGCAGUGGUGCUGCAAGCCUGUAGUUUGGUCCUGUAUCCCAUUAAGUUCAUUGAGACUGUAAGCCUGAGGGUGUACCACGAGUUCAACUGGGGCUAUGGCCUGGCCUGGGGGGCCACUAUCUUCUCAUUCGGGGGUGCCCUCCUCUACUGCCUGAACCCCAAGAACUACGAAGACUACUACUGAAGGAUGGAGGAGCUCAUGUUGCCAUAUCCAGGAUUCUAUCCCUGGUAGCAUCCCUUUAAACCUAGCCUUAUACAGAACAUUACAGUACAGGACACAGACUGGAACAUGAAGUAACCACUGUCAAUUUAAAUGAUCAAUGUUUUACUGGCAAAUGAUUGUUUACUGUCAAGUUUCAAAGAAUAAGCUCACUUGGUACAGUAUGAGUAUGAAGUUUUCUAGAAGUAUCUCUCACCAGUGUUCAACAUUCCCCUGAAACAGAGCAGCCAAUAAAGGCAGUGCUAUGAAAAUAUAGGACCAAUGAGAUAUCACCAAUGAACCUGAUGACAGGCAAAAUAGCAGUACAGAUGGAUUUGCCAAACCUUACACAAGGGUGGAUCUGACGCACACAUAGAAGGUCAAAGGUCAGAAAGAUCUUCCUUCCCAGAGGAAUGUUGCUUGCCUCCACAAAUGUAUUAGAUGAUUGUUGAAUGGUAUGUGCCUCCAGUUUAUCAGCUAGUGUGGGGAAUAGAGAUGCUUGGUGGGUGAAGGCACAUGACAUUGAGCAUGCUGCCAGGCACCAUGGCUUCUACUUGUCCUUCUCCAGUUCAGAGGAUGGGGUGUAUAAGAGAAGGAAACAGAAGGAAAAUGAGGAAACCCCACAGAACAUUGCCUAGACAUCACCCAAAAGGUGAGUUUUUAUUGGACAAGCCAUUUUGGAAGGAAAAUUUGAAAAUGUGUUAAUCAUUAGCACUGCAGUACACAUGACAAUAAUUACCAAAUCUAAGACCUUUGGUUACCAAUUAAAACAUGGCGCUUAACCCCUACUUUGCUCUGCUUGUGAUAGCAGUAGCCACUCUUUUCUACCCAUGCUCUGUGGUGAUAUAUCUCUAUACUACUGAAGCCUAUGAUGGAGGCAUGUUUAGGAUAUAGGUCUUCUGGUUUAAAAAGAAAAUGUGCAUAACUAGUUUUUCUCCUUACAAAUGUUUAUGUAGUUGGUCUUUAUACUGAAAUCAAGGUCAGCAUAUAGAUAUAGUAGGGAUGUUUGCUUCUGAUAGGAACGUGUGUGUGUGUGUGUGUGUGUGUGCAUGAAAGCAAGGUGUGUAUGAAUGUCUGCAUGGUAACAUUGCCUGCUGUGUGUCUGAUGCCUGUUGGCUUGUUUACUAACAAUAAAUAUGUAAAGAAAGGCCAGUGUGUGUUCAUUUGGGAGAGGGGACACACACACACACACAACCAGUCACAUAGAAUCAUCUCCUUUAUUAAGUACAGCAACUUGAGGCAUUUACACAGGAAAUUGGAAUCUUUUUACAUGGAAUACAGUGUGGCAUAAUAUGCAUAAAAGUACCAGGAAUAUAUUCAUAUGCAAGUCUCUUUAGUGUUCUUCAAUCAAUGAGAGGAGCUCUUGUGCAUAAGAGCUGAUUCAGUGUAAAGUCUACAUGGAUAUUAGUUAACCAAACCCUCUCAUGCCUCUCAUUGGAUUGGCCCAUCAAGAGAAUGAGUGACAGUCUUGGUUAAAGGGGAUGUCACACUUUAAGAAGGGUCUCCACUGGGUUAGGGAAUGGGCUCAGUCUUGUAAACAGGGCAGUCUCAUUCUGCAGGGAAUGUUCCAUCGGUAAACCACAGAUCCUCCGCCUCCUGCCUAACGUUCUUGAGCCGCUGUCCGGUCUACCGCUCCUCAUUCCUUUUUGCAUCGCCGCGGGAACAGUCUCUUGGAGACAAGGGUCAAAGUGCAUGAGUGUUUCUCUGAGUUCAAUGAGACACGGUGAAACGGCCUCUUCCUCAGGAACUGGGCAAGGCUUCCACGCAUGUCGACAGAACAUGCGAGGGUCGGGCCAAAGAGAAAGGUCAAGUGUCGAAUUUAAACAUUGUGGGUGGUUUCCUUGUCAGGGGGCCAGGUCUGGGGUAGAGAGAGAGGAUGGGGGCAGGACG